GUGCUCUGCUUACACCUUGUGUAUCGGUGUGUUGGCCCUCGGGAUGCUCAUGCGAUCAGGUCGCCCACUCGAGUUGCUACUCUUGCCAUUAGAUCAUUGAGCCGCGUGUCUAUCCCCUCUUUGUUUAUAGUGCUAGCAAGCGAAUCGAUUAAAGAGGCUGUGUUCUACUUCCAGGAAGUAACUAGCCUUACAACCGAGCCGCGGAUCCGCUUCCCCUUCCCUUCCCCAAACCCUUUUGAAACAAACGGUCUUGACUUGAGUAUUUGUUCAUAGAAGAACAAUUAUUAUCUUAUCCGUUUCUCCAAUACAAUCAAAAUGGGUUCCCAACCAGAUAGCUAUGUCCUACAGAGGAAUACUAGUGCAACGACUAGACUCAACUACCAGUACUAUCUCUGGCAGGACACCUUCCGCUUCCACCUGCACCCUGAUAUUCCCCAACUAGCCCCAGAUGCUCGCAUUGCAGAAGUGGCUACUGGCAGUGGAAUCUGGCUAUUCGAUACGGCCAGAGAAGUCCCGUCCAACAUCUCCCUGACUGGUCUCGACAUCAGCCUCGACCAGAUCCCUGGACCCCGUGGAUCGCAAAUGCCAAACAUGAGCUUCCAACAGUGGAGCUUCUUUGAUGCUCCCCCAGAAGACCUGGUCGGAAAGUUCGAUGUGGUGCAUAUGCGCCUUGUUGCCGUCGUGGUCAUGGAUCAGGACCCUGAGAAAAUCUUGAAGAACGUUAAGUUGUUGUUGAAACCUGGCGGCUAUAUCCAAUGGGAGGAACACUACACCCCUGAUGCGCAAGUCCUCACUGCCGCUGGUGUGGUUACUACAGAGUUCCCUGGCUUGACUGGCAUGAGAGAUUUGCUUGCCCGGCCCCUCAAUGCUACUGAUGGAAGCAAACUCCUCGGAUGCAGGGACUGGCUUCUAACUCUUGACUCCACCAUGGAGAAGGAGGGAUUUGAGAACGUCCGCAAAAUCAUCUAUCAAGACUCUGCCCAUAUGGGCACGUUUUACACUGAUAUGUAUGCAACUACAGCGGAAGAAUUUGCCGAGCUCAUGCUUAAGCGAGACCCUGCUUUGGCGAAGCAACUGACAGAAAUGAUUUCCAAGUUGCACGAAGAAAAGUUGACAGGCGCAUGGGUAUCUAAUCCCAAAGCGGUCUUCCUUGGCCAGCGCAGCCUACAGCAAUAG